UUGAGAGGAAACAGCACAGUUCCAUUCGCGGAGCAGAUGCUUUAGCUCAGAGGCUCUUGAAAUAGGUUUGUGUGGGCGGGGGGAUUUUUGUUUGGCCUUCGAGGGUGCGGAUGGGAAGCUUGCCUUCUUUUCAGCGCUGUUUUCCCCCCCCUCGGGUAGAAGUGGUAGUUCCCGGCUUCCAACAUGGCGGGAGCUUCGCCCUGGAUUCCCGUUUAACGGAGUUCCGUGCGUCCGCCUUCUCCCGGGUCCGGGGACCGCCGCUCAGUGAGCCAGCUGCGUCCAAGCCCACACCAUGAGUAACAUCUACAUCCAGGAACCGCCGACGAAUGGCAAGGUUUUAUUGAAAACGACAGCUGGAGAUAUUGAUAUUGAGCUAUGGUCAAAGGAAGCCCCCAAAGCGUGUCGGAACUUUAUUCAGCUUUGCAUGGAAGGUUAUUACAACAACACAAUAUUUCACAGGGUUGUACCUGAGUUUAUAGUGCAAGGAGGAGAUCCAACUGGUACUGGGUCAGGAGGAGAAUCUAUCUAUGGGGCCCCUUUUAAGGAUGAAUUCCACUCACGGUUGCGCUUUAUUCGGCGGGGACUGGUUGCCAUGGCAAACGCCGGGCCUCACGAUAAUGGCAGCCAGUUCUUCUUUACUUUGGCUCGGGCAGAUGAACUUAACAACAAGCACACCAUCUUUGGAAAGAUUACUGGAGAUACCAUAUAUAACAUGUUACGACUUACAGAGGUUGAAACAGAUGCAGAUGAAAGACCACUCAACCCACAUAAAAUAAAAAGUACUGAGGUUUUAUUUAAUCCUUUUGAUGACAUAAUUCCGAGAACCAGUAAAAAGCUGACGAAUGAGAAACCAGCUGAAGAAGCGAAGAAAGCAAAAUCCAAGGGCACAAAGAAUUUUAGCUUGCUUUCAUUUGGAGAAGAAGCUGAAGAGGAAGAAGUAGAAGUCAACAGAGUUAGCCAGAAUAUGAAAGGAAAAAGCAAAAGCAGUCACGACUUGCUGAAAGACGAUCCGCAUCUGAGCUCAGUACCUGCCAUUGAAAGUGAAAAAGCAGAUGACAGUGAUAUCUCGGAUGAGGAAGAGGGUGCAUAUGGUGAGGAAGAUGAAGAAAUUGAUAGUGAUGAGAAGUAUCAAAUGAAAGAACGCAUUGUGAAGAAGUUAAAGAAAGAUGCUGAUCUAGCAGCUCAAAAACCAACUAAAGAGAAGGAAACGGAGAAGAAAAGUAGCCGCAGUGAGGACCUACGGAAGGAAGUGCGCCAGCUGAAACGUGAACUGUUAGCAGCAAAGCAAAAGAAAGAAGAAAAUGCCUCCAAACUAGAGGAGAAUAAAAUUGAAGAUGACAAAGCUGCCCCAAACAGCAUUGUUGCAGAAUAUCUGGAAGAAAAAAAGAAAUAUGAACAACUGAAACAGCAGCAGCCGAAGAAGGGACCUUCCCGUGAAGUUCAGACGCUGGCAUUGCUGGACAGAUUCAAAUCAAAACUGAACCAAGCAAUAGCGGAGACUCCAGAAAAUGAAGUGUCUGAACCUGAAGUGGAAGAUGAUGAAGGAUGGGACAGCCAUACCUGCCACUCGGAACAGUGGGAACGAGAAAAAUACCCAGCCAGGCAGUCAUCAAAGAUUCUGACAUCAAAUUGGUUCCCAGACAGACAGACAGACAGACAGAGGUGGUAUACUUUUAUCCUUCUAUCAACUGACUCCAAAACCCAACAGAAGGGAAUUAAGCAUACUGGACGAAGCCCAGAAGCUGGAGACCAGCAUGUUCAGACUUUCUCCUGUUCUGCCAAAGGUGCUUUUGGUGAUGCUUCUCUGGAAGAGAGUUCGAGAACAGACAGUGGAGCUGCAAAAAAUGAGCUGGAAAAGUAUUUACAGAAUAUACUUCAGAGAACAGUCUCAGUUAUAGGAAUUUUAGAAUGUGCAGCUGAGGCAAGAUAGAGAAUGAGAAAAGAU